AUGAUUACCCUCUCCAAGCCUCUUGCACCCCAUGUCAUUGACGUCAGCAAACCCGACGUCGAGCUCAGGUUGAAGCUCGAGCCAGCUCAAGAACCCCUCCAGCACAAGCUAGGGCGCAAAGCAAAGACGUCGCUCCGGUAUGAGCGGAAGAUGGGCGACAGCGAGCUGUCGUACUUUCUCCCGUCUCGACAGGCGGGCGUGAACGAUAUGUACUUGCACAUCGGCUUCAGUGCGCGGCCGGAAUGUAUGCAGCAAGCGCGGGUGCGGGCUGCAUGGGCGAUUCUGCGGCUGAGGCAUCCGUUACUCGCCGCGCGCGCGGAGACGUGCGAUGGCUUGUGGGAUGACGUCCGCUUUGUUUACGACGCCCCAUCGAGCCCUGAAGCCGCGUUUAGGGCAGCGGAAGAUGGGCUUUUGUUCCGCAUGGGGUCAAAGGAAGACCUGCUGGAAGAAUACCUUAAUGGGCCGCGGACGUUGUCGAACACGCGACUCUCCUGCCUGUUCGUGUCCGAAGUUCUCAUCGCACCCGAGCAGACACCCGGCGCACUCAGGGAGUACAACCUGAUUAUCAGCGCGGCGCACUUCAUCGGAGACGGCAUGUCCGCGCACAUGCUGGCUCACGAUCUCUUCUCCCUCCUCUCUGGGGCCGCGCACGAAGACGCGCUCCUCGAGCGGCUUAAGGAAGAAUGGAGCGUGCGCUGGGCUGGCACGCCGCGCGAAUCCGAGACUAUCCUGCCUCUCGCGCUCGAGGAGAGCAUGCUCCCGUCCGGUCCUAUGUCGCGCCUUCACGCCAUCACCGCGCGGGUCGACUUCGAGCUCUCCGAGGUCCGCGUUGUCGGCGGGCAGAUCUUCCCCCGCCGCGCUGCUCCCGCCGCCGCCUCCUCGCUUCCGAAUCAAACCGCGCGCCAAACGACAUACACCUUCGAAUUCUCCCCUGAGCGCACCCGCGCGAUCCUCACCAGCUGCAAGUCCAACCGCGCCUCCGUCAACUCCGCAUUAUUCGCCAUCUGCGCCGCGGCCUGGGCGCGUUUCAAUUCAUCCGGCGACCGGGUUAGCACGUUUGACGCCGGAACACCGACGCUCAUGUACUCCGCCCGGAGUCUCCGGCCCCCGAGUGCGACGGCGACGGCGAAGGACCCCGAUGCGCGCGGGGGAUCGUACUUCAGCCUCGCGUUGGGGUACUUUACCGUCGGGCUUCCGUCUUUCCUCCCUGCCGACGCGGACGUCGCGCAAGCGAAGGCGUUCUGGCACCGCGCCCGCGCUGCCCGCGCCCAGUGCGCCCGCGCCGCCGCGCACCCACUCACGGCAAGCCGGACGCGCGAGAUGGCGCGCUCGCGGAGCGAACGCGCGCAGGCCUUUGCGCGCAUGGACGACGCCGCCACCAGCCUUCUCCCUCAUCCUCCACCACCCACAGCAGACGUCAACCUUGCGUCUCUCCUGCCCGCGCGCGGGCCCGCCUCCUCGGCGGCACUGCUCGGGCUGUCGCUCCCAGGGAACCUCGACGCGCUGUACGCGCGCGCGUACCCGCCGUCCCCUACGGGUGACGAGGUGGAGAUCCGGCCGCACACGCUCACGCAGGGCGCGCGGCUACGGAAGCGCGGGGCGCUGCUCAUGGCGUUCACGUUCCAGGGCCAGCUGCGGCUGUGCUUGGGGUGGGAUGGUGAGGCGUUCGCGGAGGGCGUCGUGGAGGGGUUCUGGGCGGAGAUCUUGACGUGUAUGAGUGAGUUUAUGGGAUGA